UUGAGAAAAGAGGAAGAGGGCUCUUUAUAUUCUUUCGAUAGAGUCUUGACUUCAAGUAGACUUGAUUUAAGAUUCUAGAAAUUACUUUUCCGACUCUGGUGUAUCUAUCAUUUCGAGAUCCGGUUUCAACUUUGGUCCAGUUGCUUGGGAUUUGGUGUUUUGAUAUUUAUCUCUCUGGCUUCUUGAUAUUGUUCAUUGUUUAGUAUGAGUUCUACACUUGUGCUUACAGUCGAGCAGGUGGAGGUGGAUGGGGUGACAUAUUAUGGGCCGAGAGAGAAGAAGAAGAAAAAGAGGAAGAGGAAGAAGAAUAUAAUUCUAGAACCUACCACUCGCGAGGAGAUUGUCAAAAUAGAUAUUGGCAGCGCGGCGCAUAAUCGUCAUACUUUUGAGGUUCCCAAGACUCUUCUUUGCGACAAUAUCAAAUACUUCAAUGAAAUUCUCAAUGGACAUCCCAGAGACGAACCGCUGAGACUCCUUCAUUUAGAACCAACUUCCUUCGCGUUAUUUCUCGAAUGGAUCCAAACUGGGAAAUACGCGCCCUUUAAAAUAGAAAAUGGAUUCGUCGCCUUUAUGACUCGCAUCAUACUGUAUGGUCUGGCUGACGAAUUCGGUAUUCCCCAGCUAAUGGAUUACACCAUGAGCGCUCUGAUGUCCAACUAUACAAAGUAUGACGAGUUGACUCCUACCGAAAAAGAUGGAAUUUUGGUAUACAUGGACACGACACCCGGUUCAAAGCUUCGUUCAUUCAUAGCUUUCUCAUUGGCUAUUAGCUCGAUAGCUACUAAGGAUUCGUUGUUAAGAUUGAAUAAAAUAGCUUGGAUGGAGCAUUUUGGUCAUGCGGAAUUGGGGAAGGAUGUGUGGAUUUGGAUGAACAGGAUUAAGGCAGGAUACUUAAAGGGGGUACUGGGACAAAAUCAGAAGGUUUCCGCUUCAUCUCUUCGAUCUUUCGCGCCUUCAAAGUGCAGCUUUCAUGUCCAUCCUGAGGGACUGGCAUGUGCAUUCAUGGGAGAUAUAUUUUGACGAGAAUUAGAAAUGUUAUCAUGUUUUUAGAAGUCGAUACUGGGCAAACGUGCAUGGAAUACUGCCGAUACCCAUUAAGUGCGCCUAUGGACACUCUGAUCGAUCG